GUGAGAGCUGAUCUCUGUGAAUCGAGCUGUUGCUACGGCGUGGAUUUGUAUUCCAUUGUGUGUCUUUCGAAAUUUCCGUCCUUUAGAAACUAUUUAACAAGAUGGAUUCAUAUAAUGAACAUGAUGAUCAAAGAGAAUUGGCAAUAAUUAUACACGAAAAAGAAAAUCAGCAUGAUGGACAUUUACGAAUAGAAUCAAGAUCUUCUUCGACUUCGGAUGUAACAACAAUCGAUGAAAAUGAUGUUGCAUGUGAGAUUGAAAUUCAUCCACAACCAUUGGAUCAUUGGGUAGAAGAUUCUUAUGCCACAGUCGUUCGUCAUACACCUGUGGUUACACCUACUACAGUUACUCCUGUAAAUACUGCAAAUCACAAUACAGAAAUCGAUAAUUUGAUUCAAGAGAAUUUAGAAGUUUAUAAUCCUCAUGAAGAAUAUGCAAAAAAACAAUUUGAUUCUAAAUUAGGUAUUGGUUAUAAUUAUUACAAUGAAUUCGCCGAAACAGAAGAAUUUGAAGAUAUGAACAAUGGAACAAAUCAUCAAUUACCUAGUGAAACUCGUCUACGAACCAUACCACUAGAACGAUUUAUUACUGAUGAACAACAUAUAAACGUAGAGAAUUUAAAACACCAAUCUCAGACGAUGCAAAAUUAUUGCGAUUCUGAAAGUUUAGUUAAAAUGAAUGUUGUACCCGAUGAUAAUUUAGAGGAUCGUACAAGAUGGCGUACUUGUCCAUCUUUGAUAGGUUCCAAAAUGGACAAAAAUAUUGACAUGAGUAGUACGUUGAUGACGCUUCCAACGAGAGAAUCAAUUGAACAACCAAGGUGUCAUGCUUGUGCAGAAGUGGUCUAUCCUUUAGAAGCUUUACAGACUAUUGGUCGAGUUUAUCAUAAGAGCUGUUUCAAGUGUCAUCAAUGUCACCGUGUUUUAAGCUUGGGCAAAUACAGUGUAUGGGAAGGCAAUCCAUAUUGUGAGCCACAUUAUCUUGUAUUGUUCAAGGCGUUUGGACAGUAUAACAGUAAUUUAACAAAAACUCCAACAUUUGAUACCUCAUCUCAUGUUCGACAGGAAGUUUCGAGGAUAGAACGGUCAACACCAAAUGUAACUCAGACAUUAGUAGCCAAAUUUCAAGAAUUAGAAUCUGGAAACAAUAAAACUAGUAUACAAAAUUCUCUACCACAGAAUCAACCACCACGUAGAAUCUAUUUUAACUCCACACAUACAGGACCAACCAGUGCAAAUGGUGAGGUUUUUCCAUCGUCAGGAAGUGCUCGUCAAUUAGUAGAACGUUGGAAUAAAAUGCCUCUGGAAAAUCACCAGACUGUUGGUCGAGUUGCGCCUGAAGUAAAUGGAAAACCUCAUGUUUCAAACCAACGGAAAUUCAUUCCUGUGGAACCCAAACCAUUAACUAGAAAACCUGUCGAACAAAAACCAAAACAAUUAGUCAGUGAAUUAAAACAAAAUUUCAGUCAUAAACCUGAAGAUGAAGCUUAGUAAGUUGAAUUUUAGUUUAAGAAUGAAUGAAACUAAUUUGUGAUUUUUUUUCAAAAAAAUCUUUGAUUUGAGACAUUUUAUUUGAUUGACAGCUUUGCGAAAAUUGAUUGAAUUUAGUUCUCGUUAUGAAUUUUUUAUAUUGGAUGAUGAAUUAUUGUAAACCAAGAAGCUUCGGAUAGUUGGUCUGCUGUAGUUCAGGAUUUCUCGGUUGUACACAAGCACGUGGUGGUCGAACUCUGAACACUGAAAUUUCACAAACACUAAACAUUACCUUUAGUUCACUUCAUGGUAUAACGCAACACUAUUCGACCAGUCCUAUCAGGCAGUUCGUUGUUUAAAUAACGUAGUAUAUUUAUAGUGUGUGGGACCGUUUACAUUUAUUGUGCUCCAUCUUUUUGUAAAACUAUGGAGCUCCAUUAAUGCGUAUCGUUUUGUGUACAGAAACUCACAAAAUUUCAGACGAACGUUUAUCAUUGAGAAAUUAGCUAUGUGUUUGCCAAGUCAUUCAAAUAAAUAGUCUCAUAUAAUUUAACCAGCCCUCAUACGUAAAAAUGCCGCAGUCAUUGUUUUGGUCAAAUUAUUCCGCUAGACAGACGUGUGUAUAAAAAUCAUAGUAGCCACUACUUGAUGAUAAGACGUGAUAACUGUGAACUUUGCAAGAAUUUCCACUGUGUCGUUAGAUAAUGCCAAACACUUUCCGGCCUUCUGUAGUUUCAGUCCAUGUCCAUCAUCGGCUUGGACACAAGGAUAGAGUAACCAUAAAUCAUAGAGGUUUUCCCAUGUUAAUGUUACGACGAAUCGCUGUUAACGUUGUAUAAUAUGGGAAGGUUAUAUGUGCUUGAUUUGUGUUAUAAGUUAAAAAAUAAUUUGUCAUCAUUCUCAUCAUGUAGUGAUACUAUUUAAAUAGUUAUAAUGGAAAUCUGUCGAGCUUAAUUUAGAAAAGACUAACAAAUCUGGAAUUUUGUGAACCUUUAUAGAUAGUGAUAGAUAAAUACAUUUUGUACCAAUUCUCGCCCAUUAAAUUAUUGUGUAAUUUUCUUUGUAAUAGAAUCCCGGUUUAAAAUAUCCUAAAACCAAAAUUGUAAUCAGUCUCUAAACUCUCUUCCAUUGUUGAUGUUAACAAUAUGAAUUUUGGUGUAAACUAUGUGGCAAUUUGUAUUCUCUGUUGAGUGAUAUCGUACGCUAGUGUUGAUAUAUAUAUGUAAUUUUUUCUAGGAAAUUCAAGUUAUUCAAUAUAACACCUGUCUUUCUUCCCACACUAAAUCUUUUUGUGGUUUUUAAAUAGUUAUAUCACUUUGCAUUCAACUGAUAGUUUAAAAAUUUGAAUCCGGUUCAAUCUAUUUCAGUUUGAGAUCUUGGAUAUUAUCAUAGUAGCUGUUACACUAGUAGUCUGUCUCAGCCAAAUACAUCAACUUGUUACGUAUUUUUGCUUGUCACAUUUCAAAGUCAUUAUUGUAACCACAGGUUGUACAAUAUUACCCUAGUGAGUCAUUGAUAUCGUUUACCGUUAUUUUAGGUCAGAGGUUAAAAUCGUACUGCUGAGUGUAGAGAUUUGUGAUAAUAAUAAGAAGUUUCCCCCAGACAUCCAACAUCUGCAACGAUGCCGCCUUUUCACAAUAGAAGAAGGGGGUUAUAAAAGGUCGAUUUUAAAAAUGUCGAAUCUCAUCUCACCUCAUUUUAGUUCUUCCUUUACAUGAAUAGCUUUUCUCGUAUAUUUUUAUCACCACACACCAGCAAUUAUAGGUUUAAGAGAACACAGCAGUUCCUCAGAGUCUACUGAAAGCGCGAAAAUUGGUCAGUAUCAUAGCACAAAUGGUAAAACAAGUGAAUUUCCAACUCCGGGUAUUACACGAAAUCUAGUUGCUAAAUUUUCUGCCCUUUCUGCUGCAUCCUAACUUAUGACAUAUUCUCAACACUUUUCUUACCAAAAAUUGUAGCGUAAUCAGAUGAAGAUGAUGAUGACUAUUAAAACGAUUUGGUCAUAAUCAAUAGGAACACACUUUUUUUCAAAUUACUGAUCACUGAUACUCUUUUAUUACAACUUUUGUCGCUAUUAUCGUUAUCCUUGUUACAGUCUAUUUCUUCAUACUGGUCCACUUUUUCAUAACAACAGAUUGUCGUAUCUUAAUCUAUUAUUUCGUUGUGGUUUAUUCAUUACGCUUACAUUAUUAAGUAUUUAUUUGAUGUUGUUACUGCUUAGAUCUAUGUUUAUGAAUAAAAUUUACUUAUAAGGAAGAGGAAUUAUAAAGCACCACAUGCUAUGUUUCUGAUAUUCAUUUUAUUGUCUUAUAUAUAUAUAUAUAUAUAUAUAUAUAUAUAUAUAUAUAUAUGAGAGAGAGAGAGAGAGAGAGUACCAUUUUGAUUUGUCAUUGUUAGUGUCAUUUAUAUUUCUUGUCAAUCUAUAAAACUUACUCUUUUCUAACACUUAAUUUCCUUUUUGAUAUGAUAGUAUUUUUUUUACAUAGCUUUUAUCUCUGUCAACACAAAUUUGGAAGUAGCCACAGUUCAGUUUAUUUUAGUGGGUUUGUUUUAGUAUUUGCCGUGUCCAUUUUCACUUGUUUUACUUGCCGUACAUAGUGUGUUUUGUUUUCACACAUGAUUCAUUCGUCUUUUUUGUUUUAUGAUACUACCAAUAAUACGAAUUUUCAUCCUGUUUUUCGUUGUCAUCUUCAAUGCUUUCACUUUUCUUCUUGUCUAUAUCUCUUUGUUAUUUCUUCUGAUAAUGUUUAAAUACCGAACUGUUCCUGUUAACCAUUCUGUUUUUCGAGUAAAGCUUAAUUUAAUUACAAA